AUGCACAAGACUCAUGCAGAAGAAUUGAGGGACGUUAAGAAGCGCGACACCUACGUGGAUCUGUUCAAGGAUGACGGGCCAGCUCCCGCGCCGGAAGAGGGUGGUGGCGCCUACAAACGCUCUGAAAGGGCCAAUUCGGGGAAGCGUGACACCUAUAUCGAUCUGUUCAAAGACGAUGGGCCAGCUCCCGCGCCAGACGCUGGGUCGGAGAAGCGGGACACCUACAUCGAUCUGUUCAAAGACGAUGGGCCAGCUCCUGCGCCAGACGCUGGAUCGGAGAAACGUGACACCUACAUCGAUCUGUUCAAGGAUGACGGACCAGCUCCCGCGCCGGACGCUGGAUCGGAGAAGCGUGAGACCUAA